AUGGAUCUGCCGUCGCCGUCGUCGACCGCCGCCGCCGAGGAAAGACCGAGCCAAAUCCGGCCUCCAAACGCCCACCAAAACCCCAGCCUGCUCUGUAGCCCAAGAACAAAAGCCUCGUACCUCCGCCGCCCACCGGAGACAAAGAAGAAACGAGGCCGAACUCCUGUACAGGCGCUCCACGUGGGGAGCGCCUCCUCCACGGGCUCGCCGGUGGCGUCGGAGUGGAACACCAACGGGGCCCAGCUGCAGCCCAAAACCCAAACCCACCCAAAAGCUUUUCUGCUCCUGCGCGUCGCGACCCAGCACGCCAAGAUAGGGUCGGAGAGCCCCGCCGCCGACGGCGCCGCCCGCAAGCGGCCCGGCGGCGGCGAUGCCCCCGCCCCGGCGCCCGCCGACAAGCGCCGCCGCCCGGAGCCCCCGUCGUCCUCCGGCUCCCGCGACCGCCACCACCAGGCCCGCCGCCCGCCCCUGGCCGAGGAGAAGGUGCGCGCCUCCCACAUCCUGAUCAAGCACGAGGGCUCCCGCCGCAAGGCCUCGUGGAGGGACCCUGAGGGCGUCGCCAUCUCCGCCACGACCCGCGACGACGCCGCCGACCUCGCGCGCGCGCUCCGCGACCAGAUCGUCUCCGGGGAGCGCAAGUUCGAGGACAUCGCCGCCGAGAACUCCGACUGCAAUUCGGCCAAGCGCGGCGGUGACCUCGGUUCAUUUGGGAGGGGUAAGAUGCAAAAGGCUUUUGAGAAGGCUGCGUUUGCUCUGAAGGUGGGGGAGAUAAGUGACGUGAUUGAUACAGAGAGCGGGGUGCACAUCAUCAAGAGGACUGGCUAAUUGCGACAGUGUCCUCCGGUGUCAGUCCAUAUAGCUGGAAAAUGCCCUGAAGAAGCUCGAUGGUUUCUUGCUUCAUUGAAGACCUUGUGUGUAUUCUCUUAUGAGCUUGAUAAUUGAUUUUUUUAUGCUUCCGUGACAGACAUGUAGUUUUAAACGGUUAUCACGGCAAGGCAAGACGGAAUCAGAUUGUCUUGAAUGUGACAAAGAUUACGCUCCCUAUGUUGAUUGUUCCUGUCAUCAUGUGUCAAUCCUUUUCCUUUA